AUGCAGGGCAUCAUGGUCACCACUGUCGAGUAUCUCCUGGCCUUCCCACCCGACGGGAACACGACGGACAAGGUGUACGACAAGGCAGCCAGGAACCAUGUCAAAGCCAUUACUGGAUUUCUUACCGAUCAAAGCUUUACUAUCAAGGCCACCUCCGGCGAGCUCUUCCAGAUCCUGGACCCCUCGAUCAACUCCAUCUCUUAUCUUGCGGCUCUUCACUCGAUCAGAAAAGCCAAUGACACCACGCGACCCCUGCACCGAGACAACCUCAGCACUUACGCGCUCCGAUUCCUUGAGAGUUUCGACGCACGUCAGAUCCGCUAUGCUGGAGAUCUGUUCUCGCAGCUUGUCAAUGACGUCUUGGCUGGCCAGUGGUUUCCUCGUUCUCAGGCUAUCGAGGCCGCUUCAAAUGCGAUCCUUCGACUUGAUCCUACCGGUCAAAUGUUGACUUCUCAUCAUGUCAACCUGGUCAUACUGGCCUACGAACACCAGGUCUUGGCCCCUAUACUGCCUGUUAUCGAGGAAUCGUAUGUCUUUGUUCCUGGUAUGGUCAACCAAGACGCCGCCGAAUAUCCUUGCGAUCGGAACGCUUCCCCGACACGGUACAUCACGCCCUCCAGUCAGCUCACGGGCACUCUGACAAGAGAAGCCAUCAUUAAGUACGACUACCUCUGUGGGCUGAUAUUCUGCUCGCUCAGGCGGUGGAAGAAAGCCUAUGCUGCCUUCAGCCGAAUCGUCGCGUUUCCCAGCCGCGACGGCGGCAUCCUCCCCACAAUGUGCGACGCACACAAGAAGUGGAUUCUCACCAGCCUGCUUGCCUUUGGCCAAGCACCAAAACUUCAGGCGUACAUCCACCCCGGCGCAGCCAAACAAUACCACACUUUGAGCAAGCCCUACGCGGACUUUGCUAGCCUCUUCUCGACUUACAACGUGUCCCAGCUCAUCAGCGAAGCUACCAAAGGAGCGGCAAUCUGGGAAGAGGAUGACAACAAUGAUCUUAUCAAGGAAGUCUUGAAAGGCUACCAGAAAUGGCAGGUUAUUGGGUUGUCUCAGAUCUACUGUAAACUGAGCAUUCGUGAGCUCAGAGAACAGACCAAGAGUGCUGAGACGGGACAGCUUCUGGCAACAGACCAAGAAGUAGAAGCUCUUGUCCAUGAUAUGAUCGCAACGGGCAUGCUCAAAGGGUCCCUCGAUACCGACACCAACGGCACAAGCUAUCUUGCCUUCCUCCCCGAUGGAGAGGUUCUCUCUGAGACUGAGUUUGCGCAAGAAAUCAAGAAGGCGGUCGACAAUCUCAAAGCCCUCGGCAGCAUCGUUGAGACGACUGAUUCACGCCUCAUGGCAUCUCGAGACUACGCUAGGCACAUUGCACGCGAGCAGAAGCGCCAAGAGAAGGAGGGGCACAUGGCCGACCAAGGCUUUGGCUUUGACCAAUCCAUUGAGGACGAGGACCUCAUGGUCGAUACCAUACAGCACGGUUAG